AUGGUGUUCUUCCACGACACCCCUAUCUUCUCCACAGGAGACAAGCCACUCGACCGGAUCCUAGCAGGCGCCACCAUACUAGCCAUCCUACUGUCCCUCGCAAACGUCGCCGGCCAUCUGAAAGCCGUGUUCGCUGCACGUUGCAAGCAUGGACAGAAGAGAACAGGACAGGCGAUUGGUUUCCUCGGCCUGGCGCUGUCGUCGUUCGUGAUCGUAGCUUAUCUGCGCUUCGAGCAUCAUGACACGCGGAUUGGGAAUUUGCAGGAUAUUGAGAGACUGCGGGAGGAAUGGUCGAUUGUUCCGAUAUUGGGUAAGGAGCGUCAGGGGCUGGGUGGGGCAGCUAUAAGCAACAUCAAGGAUGGUGUCGCCUCAGCUACAGAACAGAUCCGACCAUUAGAGCGAGUGACGGAAGGCGUAAAGGAAGCAUUCGAUAGCGGCGCUACUGCUGCCUCGCACGCCGCCUCCGCUAUCCAUACUACUGGCGAGCGUCUGCGAAAGACUAGUUUCGACGACGCCACCGAAGCAAUGAAGCGGCAAUGGCAUCGCGCAACGGAGCAUCUGUACUAUAAGACCAAAAAGGCCGCCCAAGAAGCCGCCGAUCGAGCAGAGCACCAGACCCAAGGAGUACGACAAUGGUUCGAUGACGGGAUGUCCGCCUUGUCGAAAUUAGCUGAAGAUGACGAGGAAGGUCGACUGGCCUUGAAGCAGAAAUUCCCGUUCCUCGACGAGCUUCUGUACCCGAAUAUGAGUUUGUGGGACUCUUUCAAGACGGUCAUUGGAUGCCAUAGACAUCUAUGGUGGACACAGCAGUGGUUUGCUGGCUACCUGACCUGGGCGCUGUUCGUUGGGCUUGAGUGCCAACAUCGUGGCUUUCAAUCACAUCUAGCACUUUCGCUCGUCGUCAUCGGAUAUACCAUAAGUCUCGCCACAGCGCAAUCGCUGUUCUUCGCCUUGCUGCUGGUGACACCUGUUGGUGCAAAUCGAAAAGGACGAGCGAGACGACUCGCGCAUAUCUGGGCCAUCGCAGUCCCGGUAGUGUUCGAAAUGGUAAUACUGGCACGCAUACCAGGGCUAGCAGUCGACCAGACCAAGUCGGGACGGAUGUUCAUCAAAGAUGUCAUCCAGUUCCUGGUUGCAGUCAUUCCUGCUAUAAGCGCUGAGAUACUACACGUAUGGACACCACGCCGCGCCCUUUUGAGACACGAGCCUUACUUGAACGCCUCUGAGCUCCGCCACGCUUUGACGCUAGUGUGGUGGUUUGCUGGCAUGCUUUCUCUCGUCCUUCACCUCAACACUACUUACUGGGCGUAUCGCGAGACGAAUCCGACAGGAGGCCAUCGCUGGUGGAACAUAUUGCUCAGUCGAUCUUCUUGGUUCGCGAAGCCCAAGACCCACUUCCUCCAUUCCCUGGGUACCGUCCUCGGGUCACUCGGCGAGCAUGCAUGGCUCAAUGCGAUAGGAUGGGACGUCAUCUUCUCUGCUGCAUCACUCUGUGGGUGGGCGUGGGUCAGCGCCGCAGAUAUUGGCGGCAUCAUCAAGUGUUCGCUAGUUCCAUUCGAUGUGCUCAAAUUGGCCACAACAGCGAGCGACAAGGCUAGAGAUCUGGCAGAGCCUUCGCUAGAGAUAGCCUCGGAAGCAUACAGUGACAUGCGUAAGCGAAUGGAGCCGUAUGCCAAUACAACCGGCGAUUUCUUUUUCGACCUGCGUGACGCCGCAGAGCCGUAUCUGGAUCAGUCAAAGGAGUGGCUCGAGGAUGCGGGCGCCAACCUAGGAUCAUCCAUGGAGCGUAACGGGUUUACCGCAGACCGCUUCGCCGACCAAGCCAAACAAAGCCUCUCUUCAGGCUAUAGCGCUCUCAGUAGGGCCAGCAGCAGAACUCUCGGAAGAGCAUCUGAGAAUUCCGACAAUCAAGAUUGGGCCGGUGAAGAAGAUUUCGACGCCCUACCACAAUUGACGAGUAGAAGAGGCCGUCGUAGCGAUAGCGUACGUGGUGACGACCAGGGGAAGGAGGACGGCCCUCGGCUUCGGCGAAGGAGCUCGCAGUCGCCUGCGAAGAGGGGACGUCUUCGAGGAAACAGUAAGAGCCGCAGCAGUCAAUUCGAAAUCUCGACCAGAAAGCUUUCUGGAAGGAGCCAAUCCCGUGCUCGAGAGAGUGAACAAGACGGCUCAGGAGCUACACGCAGGAGUUCGCGGUCACGAAGGGCAUUGGACAACGAGCUUCUGAAGUCCAAGAAGCAGGAAGCAUCGAGAGGAUUCGUAGGGUCACGUGUGUCGUCUGCAAUGUCUCACAGCGCCGAUGAGCUUGUUCGUGGAUUAAGAGACAACCUACCGUGGUCACAUGACCUGGGCAUUAAUGAGAUUGAUCCGGAAGACGCGGAAGCGACGGGAUUGACUUUUACACUUUUUGUGCUUGGUGGACUUGGCCUGGCAAGUGCCGGAGUCUUUGGUGCUGCGCAGACGAGGUAA